GUGAAAUGCUUUUCAAGGAGGCUGAAACAGUUUGGUGGGUGAGUAAGGAUGGAGGUGUAGUACUCUUUGAGAAGGGAUUUUGGGGGUCUGCUAAACAGCCAAGAGGAUAUUUUUCACUCCUGAGCCCCACACCAUAAUGAUUUGCUAAUAUCAUACAAAAUACGAGUUAGUUUGAUUGAUAUCAAGCGUCACAGAAACCAUGGCAACAACAGCUCUGACCGGUUUCUCCAUGAUGAGCCUGCUCAGCCUCGGAUACCUGACCUGGGAUGUGAUGAGUCCUAACCAGGUGGAAAACGAGCCUGACCAAAUCUUUGGAGACACCUCUCCCACCACUCCGCAGCCCCCUCACAUCAUUUUCAUCAUGACAGAUGAUCAGGGGUUCAACGACAUUGGCUACCACAGCUCUGACAUCAGGACUCCGGUGCUGGACAAACUGGCUGCUGAUGGAGUGAAGCUCGAGAAUUAUUAUAUCCAACCCAUCUGCACCCCUUCCCGAAGUCAACUCAUCACCGGCAGGUACCAAAUUCACACUGGCCUACAACACUCCAUCAUCCGGCCCCGCCAGCCGAACUGCCUGCCCUUUGACCAGGUCACCCUCCCUCAGAGGCUCCAGGAGCUUGGCUACUCCACUCACAUGGUCGGCAAGUGGCACCUGGGCUUUUACAAGAAAGAGUGUUUGCCCACUCGGCGCGGCUUUGACACGUACUUUGGCUCCUUAACUGGCAGCGUCAACUACUACACCUACAACUCCUGUGACGGCCCUGGAAUGUGUGGCUUUGACCUCCAUGAGGGGGAGUCGGUUGCCUGGGGCCAGAGGGGAAAAUACUCCACCCAUUUGUACACACAGAGAGUCCGCAAGAUACUGGCAACCCAUGAUCCUCAGUCCCAGCCUCUGUUCAUCUACCUCUCUUUCCAAGCUGUUCACACACCCCUGCAGUCUCCACGGGAGUACAUCUACCCAUACCGCGGGCUGGGAAAUGUGGCACGCAGGAAGUAUGCUGCUAUGGUCUCAGCUGUGGACGAGGCAGUUCGAAAUAUAACAUACGCUCUCCGUAAGUAUGGUUACUACCAGAACAGUGUCAUCAUCUUCUCUACUGACAACGGUGGCCAGCCAUUGUCUGGUGGCAGUAACUGGCCACUGAGAGGACGUAAAGGCACCUACUGGGAAGGUGGUGUUCGUGGCCUGGGGUUUGUCCACAGUCCUCUUCUGAGGAAGAAGAGGAGGGUGAGUAAAGCCUUGGUGCACAUUACUGACUGGUACCCCACACUGGUGGGACUAGCAGGUGGCAAUGAGUCAUUGACCGAGGGGGUGGAUGGGUAUAAUGUUUGGGAAGCCAUCAGUGAGGGUAAAGAGUCGCCCAGAUUGGAGAUUCUGCACAACAUUGACCCUCUGUAUAACCAUGCACGCAGUGGCUCCCUGCAGAAGGGAUUUGGGAUUUGGAAUACAGCCAUUCAGGCCUCAAUACGAGCUGGAGACUGGAAACUCCUGACGGGAGACCCUGGUUAUGGAGACUGGACCCCACCACAGAUUCUUCCAGGUUUUCCCAAUGGCUGGUGGAACUUAGAGCGCCACACUGCGCCCCGGAAAUCAGUUCUGCUUUUCAACAUCUCUGGAGACCCCUACGAACGUUUUGACCUAUCUGAGCAGAGGCCAGAUGUGGUCAAGCAGCUUUUAGCCAGGCUGGUGUUCUACAACCGCACUGCAGUGCCGGUGAGGUAUCCAUCAGAGGACCCACGGGCUGACCCCCACCUGAAUGGAGGUGCCUGGGUCUCCUGGGUGGGGGAUGAGGAGGAGGACAGCUGGGACAGCGUUUACCAGAAGAAGAACAAGGAUUGGAAGACGAAGCUUAAACUGUCCAAAAGCAGGUCAUUUUUCAGGAGACUCAACACUAGGAUCAUGUCCAACAGGAUAUAGAGAGGACAGGACUGAGAAAGAUUAAGAGGAGACACUGAAAGACAUUGUUUGUAUCAAGGAUGUUUUGAAGAACCAGGUGCAGUGUUGUAGGAUGGAGCUAUAUGUUCAGUCUCUCUGUAAGAACUGAUUGAUUAAAAAAGUCCAGUGAAAA